CGACUGCUUCCCGUCUCCUCUUCGCCGUCUCCAUUACCUCAUCACCAUCCCACAGGCCUAGGCAUGAAAUUGGUCACGUUGCCAGGGCGACAAGUAACGCCCUAUUGUGCUGCCAGUCGAGGCCUGUUUGCCUCGACGACACAACUUAACAACACCUUUCUGCAUGCAUCUUCACAAAAGCGUCAACAUGAGCCCAGUGACGGUGCUGCGUCGACUCAACCGUUAAUCUCGUCGGAGUACCAAUUGUCGCCGAGGCCACUGUCCGAGGCGGACUGCAUUGGCGUCACCCAAAAAUGGUGCUUCGUCGAGAAGCACGAGCAGUCGUCCACAGGCGGCAGCAACAGCAGCCGCUCAGAUCGAGAUGAAAUGGCCGGAAGGGAUGUAAAAACAUCGACAACUGGACUCGGUCGGGUCGGCAAGGCUGAGACGAAAACGCUGACGAGCCGAGACGAGGACAUAAACAUGACGACCAAGUUGGCCAAAGUGAGCGACCCCAAGCUCAAGUCGGAAGAGCUACUUGUGCUGCAUCUGAUGCAGCAGAAGCAACAACUUGUUCAACAUCCCUACCGGCACCAACAUCGAAACGGACACCGACAGCAGCAGUGCCAUCAUUGUCAACAACAGCAGCAAAAUUCUAGUCAGCGGUUGAACAACAGCCUGGCGUUGGUAGGACAAGGGUCAGAGGUCGGAAAGAGACAAUAUGCCGAUCGGAUGCCUCCUCUCGGAGGUGGUCGGAAGGCGGGAGGGCCUGAACAGGAGCAUGAGCCUCUGCCCACUCUGCAACGUGGCGAUGGACUUUCAAGCAGAGCUUAUCAGUUGGUACGGAGCCAUCGAAGGUCGAAUUUCAGGUCAGACAGCAAAAGCGGAAAGGAUGUCACAAAUCCGAAGGAUAAACUGAAAGGUGCUUUCUAUCUCAUCUUAAAAUACUUUAUCAUCGUGGUUUUGCUUUCAUAUGAAAAUAUUCAUAUUCAGGCGUGCUCACUUUAA